GGAGUAUGAAAUCUUACUUGUCUCAGGGGAGGGUCGUUUACGACAAAACAUGUACUUCAGCUUCUCAUUGCAGAGUGGAAGGAAAAAUGAGGAGAGCUAUGGCCUGAACCCUAAACGAGGGAAGGAACGAACGAUGAACUGUGACAGACAUUGUCACAAGUGCACAGAGGUUUUGGGUUUUGGGUUUUGAGCUGUUGGAAAUUGGACUCGGUGAGCAACAGUGGACGUGUGGAAUCUGUGGAGGAAAUUGACAGGGAGGGAGGCGGAGGAUUUGUGAAUUCGCGUGUCAAGUAAUUUCACAAAUCUUGUUGCAAUGGGUAAGUCUCGGACGAAGAAGGGUCCGGGUCCGAUUGCACUGAGUGGAGAUUUGAGCGAUUCAAUGAUGGAAGAUGAGGACAGUGAGGAUGAGGAGGAGCUCGAUUCGGACGACCAGUUGAUUAGUCAUAGUGAAGAUGAGCAGGAUAUGGAUGAUUCCGGACGCUUGCGGAUGCGUCCGGACAUUUCCCUUGGGGCUGAUUAUGCUGGAAAGCGAAGCAGUCGGAAAGCUGCAAUUGGAGCAGGCGAAAGUGAUGAUGAUGAAGAUGACGAUCUUGAAAAUUUGGGGAGAAAGAGACUGGACGAUAAGUUGGAUGCUCUUUACACCGAGGGUAGCUCGGACGAAGAGGAUGAUGCUCUGAAAAAAUGGCAAUUAAACUCAGGGCAAGAUGAUGAAUUGGACGCCUUGAGUCGGGAGUACGAAAAGCUUCGCGAACAAGAAGUAGAGGUACGAGAGACUCUAAAGGGCGAAGAAGGCGAUAACUAUAGAAAAGGACAGGCCGUACAAAACCAAAAGGCUCUAUGGGAUAGAGCUUUGGAAAUUCGAAUAUCUCUUCAAAAAUCCUUGUCUGGUGCUAACAGACUUCCAAAGAAGCAAGCUAAAGUUGCGCUGAGCGAGAACAAAGAUGUUAGGGAGGCGUACUCCAGGCUGGCUAGCUCAGCUGCUCUCACCUUGAAUUGCCUCGUUGACCUGGAAACGGCUAUGAUAGAGAGUAAUAGUGGGAUCGAAGAAAUGUACUCAAGCACAGCGAAUGGUAACGGAAAGAGGAAUGCAAGAAGGGAUCCGGAGGAAGGCAAUGGCUCGGGUGGAGCACAUGAUGACUGGGAGAAUGUGGACACAGUAUACUCCAGAAUUGCUCCAUUCCGGGAUAACGCCCUGGAUAGAUGGCAACGUAAGGUCCAACUAACCACUGGAGUUGUUUCCAAAGGGAAACUUCGGGCCUUUAACCAGAGUAUCUCGCAACAGAUUUCAACCGCGAUGAGGGAUACAUCUCGUUUACUUGAUGGAAUGAGAUUGAAACGCUCGUCUCUACGUGUUCUUGGAGAGUGUGCAGACACUGAAGAUCACAAAGCAGCCACGGAUAAUGCAGUUGAAGAGGUGAAGGAAGAGGAAAUGAACCAGGAGACUUUUGACGAUUCGGAAUUCUACCAGAACCUACUCCAUGAAUUUCUAGAAUCUUCAGAUCCAAUGGGCCAAGCUGGUAGAGAUCUAAUCGCCUUGAAGAGACGAACGAAGAAUCGAAAAGUUGUCGAUCGGCGAGCGUCGAAAGGCCGGAAAAUUCGGUACAAUGUCCAUGAGCCCUUGCUUAAUUUCAUGGCCCCGUCGCCGAUGCUACUUCCUCCCAUGACAGAUAAAUUGUUCGCGAACGUCUUUGGACAGAGGAAAACAGAAGUUUCUGUGGCCUCUUGAUUUACCCGCGCCCAAGGGGCUGAUUUCAGGAUAUCUAUAUGCCAAAGACACAAGGCAACACAACCUAAAGUAACCCUGAGUUUCGAUAUAAGGAAACGGAGGAGGAAGGUGUUCUUCUAGAGGGAGGCCUCAAACAGCAGGGUUGGAGGGCUCGCUCAACGAUCACUCCCCAGUUAUUUAAUCAAUGAUAGGAAUUGGUUAGUAGAACAGAAACUCUCUCUAUGAACGUAGCGAAGUUACGGAGAGCGAAUUUCAAUCGAAGAAGAGGACUUAGACAUAGUCGAAAGUUUUAUCAUAUUGGAGCAGACUGUCGAGAACUUACAUUAUGCUGUACCAUCUGAUCAUUUGAAAGUCGAAGGCAUCUGGUUUCAAUAGAAACCGAAAGUCGAUCAUGAAUACAUAGCAUGGCUUCGCGCUGGAGGCAAAGGUAUUCAGACUAGCAAACUGUGU